AUGAUUAAUAAAUAUAAUAACUAUAAAAGAAACGGCUUGCAUAGCAAGAUUAUCCGCGGUCAAGCGGCUGAAGGUCAGGCGGCUAAGGGUCAGGCGGCUGAAGGUCAAGCGGCUGAGGGUCAAGCAGAUAAGGACGAAGCACAAGAAGGUGAAGCAGAUACAAUACGCGGCGAAAGCGUAAAAGAAGAAAACUUAAAUUUGCAAGUUACUUUGCUUAGCGCAAAUCCUUAUCUUCAGUCUAGCAAAGCUCAAUUGGCUACGGAUGCGCCAGACCUUACUUUUGCUGAGCGCCGCGCUAUUACAACUCGACAGCUAUCCGCAUUUACAGAAAUUCUUGACCCUACUUUUGCUGAGCGCCGCGCUAUUACAACUCGACAGCCAUCCGAAAUUCCUGAAACCUCGCGCGGUAUUGCAAGUCUACAACAAAGAACCGAUUUAUCCCCGUCCUUUUCUCGCCGAAUUUCUCAAGGUCAAGCUACAAACGCAGUCAGAUAUACUCCGGCUAUUCAAUCCGAAAUGAACAAAGGCAUCGUUCUUGAUAAUACUAGCAUAAGUACCAACAGCUUUCAAAACAAUUCUUUUGCAGCUGCUGAACCUUCUUCUGCUUCUACUAGCAAUCGCAUUAAAAAAGCUUUCGCGCAAAAAGCUCCUAAAGGGUCUCUCACUGUCCCGGGCCCAAUUAUAGCUACAAAAACCGCGACGAGGACGAUGCCUUAUAGUGAUACAGAUGAAGAAGAGCAAGGCGAUAAUGAGGAAAACUCAAGCACCGAGCUUCUUAUCAAAAAGACUCCUUUCCAGCGUCUUGUUCGAGAGAUCACUUACGAUUUUAAACAAAACUUUAAAUUUCAAAGCGGUGCUUUAAAAUGUUUACAAGAAGCUUCAGAGGCAUUCCUCGUAAGAGAGUUUGAAAUAACGAACUUAUGUGCUAUUCACGCUAAACGAGUAACGAUUCAAAACAAGGAUAUAGCGUUAGUUAGGAAAUUGCGGGAAAUCAUGACUAGAAGUUUUGUUUAG